UGGCAUUCUCGCAGGAGGGAAGCUCAAGUGUGUUUUGUUUGAUGAUACUACUCCCUUCCCAGUCCUGCCGGCAUCAUUCUUCGGCUUCUCCCUCUCCCAUCCCCGUGUUACGGCCGCAGUUCAUAUAUCGGCGCUGGGUCCCUCAAAGACGUCUCUCCUCCCUCUCCCCUUCCCUCUCCUGUGUGUCGUCGAGCAGAGAAUACUCUCCGUAAUACGCAUGAGAGACAGUUGAACAGGUGACAAUGGUGCAAGAAUUACGUUUCGACAACCAGACCGUGGUGGUCACUGGUGCUGGUGGUGGUCUCGGGAAAGCAUAUGCCCUCUUCUUCGCCUCGAGAGGUGCCAAUGUCGUCGUCAACGACUUGGGCGGUUCCUUCAAGGGCGAGGGUGCUGGCACAAAGGCCGCAGACGUCGUGGUCGAUGAGAUCAAAGCUGCUGGCGGCAAAGCAGUCGCCAACUACGACAGUGUCGAGAAUGGCGACAAGAUUAUCAAAACCGCCAUCGACAACUUUGGCCGCGUUGACGUCCUCCUGAACAAUGCCGGUAUCCUCCGCGAUGUCAGCUUCAAGAACAUGAAGGACUCCGACUGGGAUCUGAUCAACACCGUCCACGUCAAGGGUGCAUACAAAUGUGCAAGAGCUGCAUGGCCAUAUUUUAGGAAACAGAAGUACGGCCGAGUCAUCAACACUGCUUCUGCCGCCGGUCUGUUCGGCAGCUUCGGCCAGUGCAACUACUCCGCUGCGAAACUGGCUCAAGUUGGUUUUACUGAGACCUUGGCCAAAGAAGGAGCCAAAUAUAACAUCAUCUGCAAUGUCAUUGCUCCCAUUGCCGCCAGCCGAAUGACGGCGACUGUCAUGCCUCCCGAUGUGCUUGACAACCUCAAGCCCGAUUGGGUGGUGCCUCUCGUGGCUGUCUUGGUCCACCCGUCCAACACACAUACCAGCGGCUCGAUCUUCGAAGUUGGCGGAGGCCAUAUUGCCAAGUUGAGAUGGGAGCGUGCCAAGGGCCUGUUGCUCAAAGCUGACGACACCUACACCCCCGGCGCCAUCCUGAAGAAGUGGGAUCAGGUCAGCGAUUUCUCCGAGCCGGAACACCCCAACGGUGUUGCCGAUUUCGUGACCAAGGCUGAGGAAUCAAUGAAACUGCCACCCAAUGAACAAGGCGAGGACAUCCGCUUUGAUGGGAAGGUCGUCCUGGUAACUGGCGGCGGUGCUGGUCUCGGCCGGGGUUACUGUCUCGCUUUCGCCAAGCGUGGCGCUUCUGUUGUCGUAAAUGACCUGAUGAAUCCAGACACUGUCGUACAAGAGAUUCAAAAACUCGGCGGCAAGGCUGUCGGCAACAAGGCCUCGGUUGAAGACGGUGACGCCGUGGUCAAAACAGCCAUCGAUACGUUCGGUAGAAUCGAUAUCUUGAUCAACAACGCAGGCAUCCUCAGGGACAAGGCUUUUGCCAAUAUGGACGACAAGCAAUGGGACGAUAUCAUCAAUAUCCAUCUCCGUGGCACCUACAAAGUGACCAAGGCAGCAUAUCCAUAUAUGCUCAAGCAGAAAUAUGGCCGGAUUGUGAACACCACGAGCACGAGUGGUAUCUAUGGGAACUUUGGUCAAGCUAACUACGCUGCUGCGAAACUCGGUAUACUCGGCUUCUCUCGAUCUCUAGCACUAGAAGGCCGGAAGAACAACAUCUUUGUCAACACCAUUGCACCUAACGCGGGGACUCAAAUGACCCGCAGUAUCUUGCCCGAGGAAUUAGUGCAACUUUUCAAGCCCGAAUAUGUCGCUCCUCUUGUGCUCGCGUUAUGCUCAGACAAGGUGCCGGAACCGCCAACAGGCCUUCUCUUUGAAGUCGGUAGUGGCUGGCAAGCACGCACUCGAUGGCAAAGAACUGGGGGCCACGGGUUCCCUGUCGACGUUAAGCUGACACCCGAGCAAGUUGUCGAGCAAUGGGACCGGAUCACCAACUUCGAUGAUGGCCGAGCCGAUUACCCUGAGAGCGGCCAGGAUGGUCUCAAAUCUAUUAUGGCCAACAUGGAGAACAAGAGCAACAAAUCAGAGUCCGGUACAGACUACUUGGCGGCAAUCGAAAAGGCUAAAAAAGCCCAAGCCAGCGGCACUGAAUUCGUCUAUGACGACAAGGAUGUCAUCCUUUACAACCUGUCCCUCAAUGCAAGGAGAACACAACUGCCCUUGGUUUACGAAAACGACGACAACUUCCAGGUUCUGCCGACGUUUGGAGUUAUUCCUUUCUUCGGAGCCGUUGCACCUUUCUCGAUGGACGAGGUUCUUCCGAACUUCUCACCUAUGAUGUUACUCCAUGGCGAACAAUAUCUUGAGAUUCGAAAGUUCCCUAUCCCGACUGCCGCCAAACUGAUAUCGUACCCUCGACUAGUAGAAGUGGUUGACAAGGGCAAUGCUGGUAUUGUCGUGACUGGUACCAUCACCAAGGACGCAAAGACUGGGGAGGAUGUCUUCUACAAUGAGUCCACCGUCUUCGUCCGAGGGUCCGGUGGUUUCGGAGGACCCAAGAAGGGAGCCAACCGCGGCAACGCAACAAUAGUCUACCAGCCUCCCAAGCGAGCUCCUGACGCCGUGGUGGAGGAGAAGACCUCAGAAGACCAGGCUGCCCUGUACAGGCUGAACGGCGACCGGAACCCUUUGCACAUUGACCCUGAAUUCAGCAAAGUUGGUGGCUUCAAGGACCCUAUCCUACACGGUCUCUGCUUUAUGGGUUUCAGCGGCAAACACAUUGUCCAGACAUACGGUCUUUUCAAGAACAUCAAAGUCCGCUUUGCUGGCACCGUGAUUCCAGGCCAGACUUUGGUGACGGAGAUGUGGAAGGAGGGUAACAAGAUCAUCUUCCAGACCAAGGUCAAGGAGACCGGCAAGCUAUGUAUUGCCGGUGCUGGAGCCGAGCUCUUGGGUGCUCCUAAGCCCAAGUUGUAGAUUAUGUAGCGAAAACAUGUCUGGCUGGGUUCAGGUAGCAUAAUCUGCGGAAUUUGACAACAUGGGGUCGGAAGCUCUUCGCAUAGAGAAUUUUAAUUCAUUAUCCAUG